CAAUUUGGGUUCAGGCUCAACAUUCUCACUUGGAGUUCAUCAUGUGGUUGUAGUCAGAUGGUGGCAGGGGCCGAAGUUAUCUAAAGGACAACUGCCUGCAUGACUGAGGCGGAUUCUUCACUCUCUGGUGUGGCUCUGGGCUGGGCUGGCAGGCAUAGCUGGAGACUGGCCAGGUGCGCAUGCCUGCCUGCUCACACUCUUUCUCCUUGCCUUCCCCACCUCUUUCUCUCUGUCACUCUCAGCAGACACUCCAUAAAGUUAGCCUGGGCUUCCUCAUAGCAUGGUGGUCACAGAAUAGUCAGACUUUCUUACGAGGUGGCUCAGGGAUCCCAAUAGUACAUCCGUGGAGACCAAGGGGAGCACUGCAGGACUUCCAGUGAUGGCCUCCACGGUCAUGCAGCAUCCCUUGUUGAUUACACAAGCCAGCUCAGACUCUGUAGGGUGGUGUGGCUCACAGGAGGCAUCUUGGGGACCAGCCACCAUGGUAACCGAUUUUACAGAUGAGGAAACUAACACACUGAGAAGUGUGAGAGUAUUUGUCGAGGAUUAUGCACUAAAGAAUUUGAACUCAGAGACUGUAUUCUUAGUACCUGGGUGAACAUGGGAAGAUCAUUGUCUCUCUAGUUCUUGCUUAUGUAGAAAUGAAGAAGUUGGAGGAGGUGAUGUUGAAGGUACUUUGCAUUUCUCUCAGCCUUGACGCCUUUGGAUUUAGAUGAUGGGAAUGGAAAGGAACCGACUAAGUGAAAAGGCCUUGUGUAGCAGACAGAACUUGGUAACAGUGUUGGAGGAGGGAACGUGACAUGGUAGACUGGGAACAUGUCAGGGUUACUCAAGGAUUCAGUUGGAUUAGUUACAUUGAACACUUAAGAGUGGUCAACUCACAUGAAACCCCUAUUGAAUAUCAGGAAAGAGUCAUAGAUUUUAGUCAGGAGCCCUGGAAUAUGGGCCCCCUCAGUGAAAUGGGAGUAGUCAUGGUAAGAACUGCUCUAAAUAGAAAAAGGGAUUCACCAAUUUUGAAAAAGUUUAAGGUGACUGCCAGGGCAUUCCAGCAGGAAGAAUAUGUUAUAGUCAUUUGGAAAUAUGGAACUAAAAUUCUGGUGCCCAUUAGAGAGUGUGCGCCUAGGAGAGCCUUUGUGAAUAGAACCUUUGUGAAUCCAAGAUAGAGAACGAAGAGAAGAAGCAGUGAAGAUAUAUGUUCAGAGAACUGGGAGGAAAACCUUCCUAAAGAAGCUGAAGUGUUAACUGCUUCAGAGACGUUGAGGAGAAUGAGACUAGUGAGAGACGAGGACAUUUGUAUUCCUUUGGAAUUGAUUUUAGUGGAGAAUUGGGGGUUGAACAUAUUUCUUUUGUGGAAGAUUCAGAGGAAUUUAGGAAAUGAACACAGUAGGUACGAACUGCAGUUGAGGACUUUGGCAGCAAAGGACCAAGAGAAGCUCAGAAGAGGCAGAGUAUUUCCUGGCUGUCCUGAUGAGGAUGUGCUCUCUGACAGACAAAUCUGAUGCAGGAAGAGGGAGCAGCCACCCUGUCAGCAAGUCAUAGAAGUACAAAGCAGUAGGUACAAACUGAGAAGGAGGUGAGGUAGAAUGGACAGAACUUUCUCCUAAAAGCUGGAUUCCCUCAUUUCUUAGCCAUUAGACCCCUUUAGUAUAAAAGUUACAGAAUAAUGCAAUCUCAAACCCAAUAGAAAUGAUUAUUUUUUCUCAAAGGAAUUUAGACUUCUUAUUUAACUCUCCUUGUAAAAGGCUUGAUCACUCUUGUAUUCUUAAAGGUCACUCCUCCCACCCCCUGCCAGACCAGGGAACAAACCCAGGCCACAGCAGCAACCCUAGCACUGCAGUGACAGUGCUGGAUCCUUAACCUGCUAUACCACAAGAGAACUCAAGAGUCAAUCAUACAAUCAGAAAAGUAUUUUCUUCUGAUCAAACUACGGAUCCCGAAAUAGUUUAAAAGGAUGCUUAAUCGGGAGCUCACCCAUCUCUCUGAAAUGAGUCGGUCUGGAAAUCAAGUGUCAGAGUAUAUAUCAAACACGUUCUUAGAUAAGCAGCAUGAAGUGGAAAUUCCUUCUCCAACUCAGAAGGAAAAGGAGAAAAAGAAAAGGCCAAUGUCUCAGAUCAGUGGGGUCAAGAAGUUGAUGCACAGCUCCAGUUUGACUAAUUCAAGCAUCCCGAGGUUUGGGGUCAAAACUGAACAAGAAGACGUCCUUGCCAAGGAGCUAGAAGAUGUGAACAAAUGGGGUCUUCAUGUUUUCAGAAUAGCAGAGCUGUCUGGUAACCGGCCUUUGACUGUUAUUAUGCACACCAUUUUUCAGGAACGUGAUCUAUUAAAAACAUUUAAAAUUCCAGUAGACACUUUAAUUACAUACCUUAUGACCCUGGAAGAUCAUUACCAUGCUGAUGUGGCCUACCACAAUAAUAUUCAUGCUGCGGACGUCGUCCAGUCAACGCAUGUGCUGUUAUCUACACCUGCUUUGGAGGCUGUGUUUACAGAUUUGGAGAUUCUUGCAGCAAUUUUUGCCAGUGCAAUACAUGAUGUGGAUCACCCUGGUGUCUCCAAUCAGUUUCUGAUCAAUACAAACUCUGAACUUGCCUUGAUGUACAAUGAUUCUUCUGUCCUGGAGAACCAUCAUUUAGCCGUGGGCUUUAAAUUGCUUCAGGAAGAAAACUGUGACAUUUUCCAGAACUUGACCAAAAAGCAAAGACAAUCAUUAAGGAAGAUGGUCAUUGACAUUGUACUUGCAACAGACAUGUCAAAGCACAUGAAUCUACUGGCUGAUUUGAAAACCAUGGUUGAAACUAAGAAAGUGACAAGUUCUGGAGUUCUUCUUCUUGAUAAUUAUUCUGAUAGGAUUCAGGUCCUCCAGAACAUGGUGCAUUGUGCUGACCUGAGCAACCCAACCAAGCCACUCCAGCUGUAUCGCCAGUGGACAGACCGCAUAAUGGAGGAGUUCUUCCGCCAGGGAGACCGAGAAAGGGAGCGGGGCAUGGAGAUAAGCCCCAUGUGUGACAAGCACAAUGCGUCUGUGGAAAAAUCACAGGUGGGCUUCAUAGACUAUAUUGUUCAUCCUCUCUGGGAGACGUGGGCAGACCUGGUCCAUCCUGAUGCCCAGGACAUUUUGGACACUUUGGAGGACAAUCGUGAGUGGUACCAGAGCACAAUUCCUCAGAGCCCGUCCCCAGCACCUGAUGACCAGGAGGAGGGCCGACAGGGUCAAACGGAGAAGUUCCAGUUUGAACUGACUUUGGAGGAAGAUGGCGAGUCAGACACGGAAAAGGAUAGCGGGAGCCAAGUGGAAGAAGACACCAGCUGCAGUGACUCCAAGACGCUCUGCACUCAAGACUCGGAGUCCACCGAAAUCCCCCUGGACGAGCAGGUGGAGGAGGAAGCAGUGGGAGAGGAGGAGGAGAGCCAGCCGGAGGCCUGCGGCAUUGAAGAUCCCUCCCCCGACACGUAACACCGCAGAGACCUCCACACCUUCCCUUGUGUUUUUUGUUUUUAAGUAGAGAAGUUGUUUCCAAAGUGCAUGUCACAUGCCACAACCAUAGUCACACCUCACUGUCAUCUGCCAGGACGUUUGUGGAACAAAACUGACCUUGACGGCUCAGUCUGGCGCUCAGGAAUACCGUCACCAGUUUUUUCACCUCCGUGUCAUCAGAACGAGGGGGACAUCUUCGGAACAGCAUCUUCACGGGAUUUCAGCUCAGCAGAGCUGACCAAGCAGAGAAAAUCCACUCCAAAGUGUUUUCUAGGGAGUGUGGCUCAUCAGGCAGCCCAAAAGCAGAGAUGAUUUGGGGUUUCUUUUCUUUUUAUUUGUUUGCAAUAUUUCCAGCGGAAAGAAGGCAUUACAUGGACGGAGUGAACUAAUGGGUGAGGCAACCAAUGGGUCUGGAAGAGGACACAGUGUAAAUCUGUUGCCAGGAAGAAGAUGAGCCACAGAAAUUGCAUAAUUUUCUAAUUUCAAGUCUUCCUGAUACAUGACUGAAUAGUGUGGUUCAGUGAGCUGCACUGACCUCUACGUUUUGUAUGAUAUGUAAAACAGAUUUUUUGUAGAGCUUACUUUUAUUAUUAAAUGUAUUGAGGUAUUAUAUUUAAAAAACUACGUUCCGAACUUCAUCUGCCACUGGUUAUUUUUUUCUAAGGAGUAACUUGCAAGUUUUCAGUGCAAAUCUGUGCUACACUGGAUAAAUCUAAUUUACAAAUUUUACUUGCACCUUAGACUUCAUAGCAAUUAACUGAUUUGUAGUGAUCCAUUGUUUUAUAUACCAAUGACUUCCAUAUUUUAAAAACAACAAUUGACUUUAUGUUGCAGGAAACCCUCUUUGUAGGUCUUCAUUUACUCGCUUUUUGUUUCACUCUUUUCAGACACGCAAAGUUGCCCCCCACUGACAUUUCUCUUCACCGUGUGCAAAGUGAACACUCGUUCAGUAAUACUUUGAUGUGCAUUCUGUCCAACAUGUCUCAAGCCUCAUGGACACUCAGUCAUCAGUUGAUGUUGUCUGAAGCAAGUGAGAGAUAUAUAAAUACCCAGUAGCUAAAAUGGACAGUCUUUUUUAGAUAUUUUCCUACUUAGUAUCUUCUGAUAACUUUUGCUGUAUUGAUAGACCCUCAUUUCACAAGUGCAUGUCUUUGUAAUAACCCUCACGUUUCAUGCUCAUUUUUAUUGUUUUCACCGUCAGUCAUAGUAAGAAAAACUUUUUCCCCUUGUGCUGCUUCAUUAUUUAGUGUGUGUUUGAACCUCUGUCCACAUUUACUACCUGUGGUCUUAUCAGCUCUAUCACCACCAUUCUGAUUGAUGCAAAGAACAGGUAGUCAAGUUAGCGUUAGCAUUCUUUUCUGCCAUUAGGUCAUAUGUAAUGACUAGCUUUUACUCUUGAUUUACAAAGAGACGUUAACAGCUAGCUAGACAAUUUUUAAUAAUAUUAGCAGAAUAUAUUAAUGAACACCAGUACAGUGAAUGCUCUUUCGUUUCUAUGAUUUCAUCAUGGGGUUAAGAACUCUAGGAGGAAUAUUCUUGAGAAGUGAUUUUAAGUGAAGCAAUGACUCUUCCUUAAUGGACAGCCACGUAACAUGUAGGACUUGCUUUAUCAGUUAUCUUUGAUCCAUAAGUAUGUCUGGUGGAGGAGAAGUUUAAAUAUACUGACAGAAAGUCAGUAUAUCAAUGCCCUGGCACCGGAGGUUUGGCAAAAUAAUGCUAUUUUAAAAUACUGGGUUGGGUAAGAAGGUUCUGCCUAAAUCAAAAAUUAGAUAACUCUUGACUAAAUUUGGCAUCAGGAACUGUAUAACAAUUUUAGAGAUUGAUUCCCAGUGUUUACCUUCAAUUGGCAUCUUGGGGCAUUUAUUUAGUUUGGACUCUCUUCCCAUUUCACCUCUUAAUAAAGUGUUCACCUUCUCCGUAAAGAAUUUGGAACCCAAAUAAUCAUUUUUCACAGUGAUAUCCAAGAACUCAAGAGGCUAGAGGACCAUCUGGCCAAAUGGAAAAUAAAUAAAACAGUUAAUGAAAUUGUAACCCUGAAAAACAUGUUGGGGAUGCCUCAAGGAGCCUUCUGGGGACUAACCGCUAAGUCACCAGCCAGGGAAAUGACCCAAGCUGAAGGUACUCUUUUAAUCCCCUGAAAUCCACUGAUGCUUAGAAACGUUGAUUAAAAAAAUUAUCUAGCUUAGGCUUUUACAUAGAGCACAGCAUAGGACUUGCCUAAUUAUCAGAUUUCCACCCAAAUCCCCCUAUAAAAAUCAGACAGUAAUCUUUCAAAUAAAGUCCUUUGUUUGGCAAGUGGUCUCACAAGAACACUUGGAAACUUGUUUCCAUUUUAAUUUUAUUUGUCCCUGAUGGAGGUCUAGAAAAGAAGGCAAAGAAUCUAGGGUUUAUUCCUUUUUCCAAAAUAGUCUCCCCCCCUCCCCCGCCCCAAUGCUUGGUGUUUCCCCCACAGAGUGCCUAGUAUCUUAAUAAUGAAAAAAAAAUUAAAGCAGCAAUAUGUCACAAACAAAUCCAGACCUGAAGAGGUUUAUAACUGCACUAAAAAAGAGAGGUUGUUUUUUUGUUUUUUUCCCCAAUUUGUUGGUUUUUAAUGGUCACAUGUUGUGAAGAUAUCCACUGAUGGACAAUCAAAUUGUAGAAAAGGCAUAUUAUCCAAAAGACAGGGACUAAUGCACUGUCUGAUCUGUUUUUCUCUCCCUUCUCUCUGUCUCUCUCCUCCUCUCUCGCCAAAGUGUGCUUCAGAAUUAUACACUGCUUUAAAAAGAACAUCCUUUUGUAAGUGGCUUUACAUUUCCUACAAUGCCAUAAGAAAAUGCAAUAUCUGGGUACUGUAUGGGGAAGAAAAUGUCCAAGUUUGCAUAAAACCAGUACAUUUCAGCUUGCAAGUUACUAAACACAAUAAUGCUGUUUUAACUUUAUUUUCUUUUAUGUCACUUAAAAUUCACAAGAAAAUAAUGUAGAUAGAACAAAUUGCAGACAAGGAAAAAAACUUGAAUGAAGUGGAUUUUACAGAAAGCUUUAAUGAUAAUUUUUGAAUGCAUUAUUUAUUUUUUGUGCCAUGCAUUUUUUUCUCACCAAAUGACCUUACCUGUAAUACAGUCUUGUUUGUCUGUUUACAACCAUGUAUUUAUUGUAAUGUACAUACUGUAACGUUAAUUGUAAAUUAUCAGUUCUUAUUAAAACAUCAUCCUGGGACGGGAUGGUGUUGAUAUAUUUGGAAACUCUUGGUGAGAGAAUGAAUGGUGUGUAUACAUACUCCUUGUACAUUUUCUUUUCUCCUAUAAAAUAGUCUUGUCACCUUAGAGCUUGUUUAUGGAAGAUUCAAGAAAACUAUAAAAUACGUAAAGAUAUAUAAAAUUAAAAAAAACAUAGCUGCAGGUCUUUGGUCCCAGGGCUGUGCCUUAACUUUAACCAAUAUUUUCUUCUGUUUUGCUGCAUUUGAAAGUGAGGUCAUGAUGGGGCUAGGGCUGGGCAUUUUACUUCUGAUCUCUGAAUCAGUUGGAUUUCCAGCAAUGGCUGAAUUUUAUAGAACCACAGACAACCUCUGGAACAUUCUGAGACCCUUUUGAGAUAUAAGUCCUUAAGUACUUUUUGCCAUGAAGCAGUAUGGCAUAUAUCAUAGUAGUUUUCCCUAUUAGAUACUGAGCUACUUCAGUUAGUUACACUUGAUUAUUUUUUUUUAAUUUCCAAACACUACUAGGAAAAUAUAUUCUUGCGCACUGAUUAUAAAAAGUCUUUUUUGGCUUCUAGAGCACAUGAGCAAUUGAACUUGAUUUAAAACUAGAGUCAUAGGUCAGUCACAUGUGCUAUCUAGUAAUUUCUUCCUUGGCUUCCUCUCAUAUUAAGUUAAUAUAUAAUAUGAAAAAUGUCAUUUUUGUAACCCUGAAAUUUUUCUUCAGCUGAGAGCAACCAAAAUUCCUUAUAUAUGUAAAUCCAUAUAUUGGAACACAAAAUUUUAUAUGACGCAAAUUCACUCAGCACAAUGGACUCAUUAUUCUCUAGAAUGUGUUUCUGCAAAACUUACAUUGCUUUAGAAUUCUUAAAUUUAAACCUGUGCAAUGACCAGCACCCAAAGUCUAUGAAAAAUGCCAGUAGAUGAUGUGCAAAACUCCCUUCACUGCUGCCCAGCCCUCAGGACAUGUGACUUCGUCAAAGGAGAGAUUCUUUUUUCUAGGAAAAAUGAGCCUCUUUUUAUUUUAUUUUGUUUUAUUUUAUUGACACAAACUGUAGAUUUUAGCAGCCCUGGCCCAAAGGAAUUUGAUUACUUUUGUUUUAAACAGUACAAAGGGGACACUAUGGUUACAAAAAAAAAGAAAAAAAGAAAAAAAAAUCCUUACUGAUUUUAGUUGUUUUAAAUUUUAUUUCUUUGGAUAUGUUUUCAGAGUGGUAAAUUGUGUGUGAGCAUUACAAAUGAUGAUUCUUUUAGUGGUUUCUUAGCCUCUCUUACAGCCCAUGGGGAUAGUACUGUACAUCAAUACCUUCAUAUGAAAUUUUUAUAUGCAAUGAAAAUAAAAGCAUGGGUUGAUUCUGCCUA